UCAUUUGGGUGAUUUCAAUCGUUAAAUUGUGUUUUAAAAGUGUUAUAUUCUAUUCGGAUAACCAUAUAUACUACUGGUAUCCUUACUGCAUCGCAAAUAAAUUGGCUCUAAAAAGCUUGGGUUACCGUUAAAGGUAUCUUAUUUCCAACUCUUUCAAUAACACUUAGAUGGCAUUGAUGUUAACAUUCAAAUACGAAAGUGCUUAACUAAGUAUUGAAAAUAGUUUUUGAACGUUUAUAAUUAUGCUGUUGUAAAUUAUAUCGGCUGUUAUCUUCCAGUCGUUUAUUGUGUUAAUAUGAACGGAUAUAAACACUCACGAGCGGUUGGUAAGUUUAACACACAUACUUUAAUAACUGAUACAUGCAAACUGUUUCGAAUAGUUUCUUUGUUGUGCUUGGUUAUUAUUUGACUUAAAACUGGACUAUACGUUGCAUACCUAUAAAUUACGUUGGUUAUAUCAUCACAGACAGUAUACAUGGGUCAGGACACCAACCUUCAUGCAUCUCAGCAGACUGACGACCUUAGUCUUGUGAUGUUCAUCUUUCAGCUCUUUCAGAGCGGCUUCAUAUUCACGGCCUUUGUGGCCGGUGCCAUCUGUGUCGGUCAUCUCGUCUUAAUACGCCGGAAGUACUGCCGAAAUACCACGACGCUGUUCGCAGUGGUGCUCUCUGGAUUUUUGCAUCUGAUCGCGAGCGUGUACAUGUUGACAAUUGCCGAAAAUUACAUGAAAAAACGCGUAAAACAGGGGCCUCCGAGCGUCGGCUCGUGCAUGGAUUACUCGAUGACGGCGGCGUUUGCAAACGGGGUGGUGCUCGUGUUUAUCGUGCAUAAUGUUUACGUUCAGAACUUUAAAUGGUCGAUGUCAUCGUGUCUAGCAUACGCAGGCACACUUGGUUGCAUCAUCACAGGAAGUUUUUCCAUUAUCAAGAUUGUGCCUCAAAAUAGCCCACUUCCAGUUGAACAACAUUCGUUUGUGACGCUUGGGACGUAUGGAAGUCAGCACUUUGACGUAUUCUUGUCCGUGUAUCAGAAAAACGUUUACGAGGAAAGAUGGUCUAUUCUGGUGGAAUAUUUAGUGAUAUACGUACCCGUCAUGUUCACCGUGCUGGCUGCUCUUUACACGAACAGGACAAAACAAACGGAAGUCACCAUCACAGAGCUAAAGAUUCUCUCAAACAAGGAGUGCAACGUUUCAGGGUUUAACUGCAAUUGUGUUAAAUUGAACUCAGUCAUGGUUGCCAUUCUUUUAUACAUUACUUUUGUCUUACUCAUAGUACGACCGGGAUACAUUCUGUAUGCGCACGCAACUUCGGGUUACUUCUGGGACAUAUUGCCUAGUUUGUUACCGACAGUAAUUUUCACUUUUAUUUGCUCAGAAUAUAUUGGAAAAGUCCUUAUUCGAUCACAAUAUUGGAAUAAUGAGGUGAAAUCAAACGGCUAUUGUGACUGUAAACAUAAGAGCAAGUCCCUUAUGCAGGUUUGAUAAGCUGUAAUUUUCUGUAGACAGGUUAUUUAGGGAUGUGUUGUUUAAACGUAAAGACACAUUUCCUUGGAAUGGGAAAUCCAUCGUUAUAUUUCCACAAAACUGCGAAACUAUGCUCAAAUAUGUUUGAAGCGCUAAUUAGCACAAAAGGGUAUCAUAUUGACGGAGUUAAAGUCGAAAUAUUGCCAUAUAUUUACACUUGGUGUCAUCUUCGUUCAUUUAAUCAAAAUGAUACUUAUGACCAGAAACAACAUGUUAAGAUGGAACUUGGGACAUAAUGAUGCUAAGUAUGUCGGGAAGCUUAUGCGUAGCUUUAAAUACAUAAACUUGAGCUCUUUGAUGCGGACAUAGAAACAUGCUGUGACAAGCAAACGAGUUUUAAUGUUUGAACAUGAUAUUUGCAUGCAAAAGAAGUUGUUUAUAUAUAUUUUAAUUGAUAAAAUGAUAUAUACGUCUCGUGAUUAGUAAGUAAAGAAGGCUGUGAUAAUUAAAUAAUAUCCAAUUGAAAUAAAGUUUAAUUGUCGAUGUAUUUUUUAUGUGUACAUUUGAGUUUGUAGUAAAGCAUAAUGUCACUGUAUUUAGAUAAACUAUUAUUACAACGAUCGUGCAUGCAUAUUUUGAAUCAUGUUUAUGCAUUAUUCAUAUUAUGUAUAUGUGUUGAGUCAUUUCUAUUUUUUAAUAUGUAUGGUUUUAGAAAAAUGUUUGAGGUAAAUCGCAUUAAGAUUCUAUGUUCAUAGUUUGCAGGCUAUUGUCCACUACAUAAUUUCACAAUAGAAAAGUGUUUUAUAGUUAAUUGACCGAUUUGCACGCGAAAUAACACUGAUUUCUAAUGUUACUAGACCGUCAACUCCUUAUAGGGGAUGAUAGUCUAACAAGUGUACCAAACAUUAAACGGCAUUAAAAAUCCUAAACGCAGCCCCUAUGUACUGAAUAUAGUGAAAUCAUGAAUUUACAAGACAACUACUGGCACGGUAGGUAUUGAAGACACGACAUUGUACUAUCAGACGAUUUGAAAACGCCCCAGAUCUUGAGAACAUUUUCGGUUUGCAUUUCAAAGGGACUCUAAACUACCGCACGUAUUCAAUGUGAAUAUUUCAUAGACAAGAAUAUUUAAUUGCAAUGCAUGGUCCUUUUCCUUUUAAGAUUGAGCGUGCUUUAAUCGUUCGUAAAAUUGAAAUUAAUCCGUACGUUAAAUAUAUUUUUCUUUGGUAAUGUUUGCACACAUCGUGUGUAAAAUCUCAUUUACACAAGUAUUAAUUUCUGACGCUAAAUAGUCUACUUUUCAACUGGCAAAUGCUAAUAAUAUAUGUAUACCCGUAAAGGUUGUCACUUUUCGCAAUCAGCACAACCAAAGGGUUCAAUAAAGACAUUGCAAUUUACCCGGUGAAAUAUUAAAAACAAACAUAAAAGCAAAGCUCAUGCGUUAUGUCCACAACUGGCAAAAUACGCAACAAAAUCAACCAUUUCGUUAGAAAUUCACAGAGACGCAUAUCAAAACCAUGCUUUGAAAACUUAUGAAAUGCCUUUAUUAAAUAUUCUUUGGAAAACAAUACAGAUGUUUGCUUUAUUAGUGAUAUUAUUAUAUGUUUUAUAUUAUGAAACGAAUUCGUAGUAAUGUCGCAGGUCUGUUGAUAUGAAUGAGUUACUCAUAAAUAACGCAGGAGUAACGAAAGCGUAACUUGAAACAUUCGCCCAAAUUAGUUUCAUUCUUACCAUACUAUAAUUCCUAUUUCACUUGUGUUAACCUUGGUAUUGACCUAGAUACGUUAAAUGUUCAAUUUUAGACAUUGGUUUGCAUUUUCUGUAUUUUUCUAUAUAUUUCGUUCUAGAAUUUUGUUUUUUCCACCCAUUUACUUAUUACACAAAUGUGUAGUGUGUUAAUAUUUCGACUACAGUUGUUAACAAGAACUAUUUAAGGUCUUGUUAAGAGAAUGCAUCUUAUAUGUUAUAAAUAUAAAAUGCAAUACUAAGUUCAAUAUUCAAUUAUAAAUAAAGUCUUUUCAGAUAACGACACAUCUGUAAAUACACCCCAUCCUGCGACUGUCUCAGCCCUCAAUACUUCUACAAUAAUGUUGGUCAUUUCAUCACUAAAGAUUUUAAAUCUGAAGAAAAAUGAUUAACUGAGGAAACUUUACAACCAUAGUCCUUAUUACCGAAAUGAUCUAAAGAGGGUCUGUGUUUUGCCAUUUUUUUGCCUUCUUAUCUGUGCAAUUUGUAAUGUAUUUUUAAAAUAUAUUAGUCAAUUUAUCAAGUAAAUCAACAGGACAAAUGCAUAUAAGUUACAACAUUGAUUUUUUUAUUUUUAAUUGCACACAUUGGAGUUGAAAUAUUAACUUGAGGAUUGUUUAAAUCAUGGGUAGUUAUUUUCCCCUUGAUGAAACCUAAACUCAUCACUUUUGGACAAGCAGAUGUUGCCAAAAUGCUGCCCAAAAUAAUAAUUUAAUGUUUAAAAAAUCCUUCAUUUUGUACGUGUUCUUUAACUUAAAGUUCAAAGUUGGAACAUUUCCUUUCGUGCAAUACAAAUGACGGACGAAAACAACUGCUCAAACAUGAAUUCGUAGUUAUAUCGCAUACAAGCUUUAUAUAUGGAUAAUUGGGUAGAGUACCAUUAUUUGUCAAUAGAUUGACAUCUAGCAUCCGCUUUUGGUUUAAAAUUACAAUAACGGAUAAGAGAAAACUCAUCAAGCUUGCAUAUAACUCGAUGUUAACUGAUCUACAAAAUAACACUGCGGAAAUCAAUUGGGUAGUUAAACUUAAAAAGUUGUUAGAAUCUAUCGAGUUUGCUGAAGUUUGGCUUAACCAGGUUGUCUGAAAUACAAAAUUUGUUUUACACAACUUUUAGAUGAGGACUUGAGACUGUUUCAAGCAAGAAUGGAAUAAAGAUUUGCGAGAAUCAUGAAAGACGUCAAUAUAUAUGCUAUUUGCAAUUUUACUAUCACUCAUAUUUAGACAUCACAAAAACCAAUAAAUUCCGAACAACAUUAACACGACUAAGAGUAGCUUCACAUAGAUUAGAGAUAGUAUUGGGCAGAUGGCAUACGCCCCACUCAAUAACAAGGAAUGAACGAGAAUGACAAAUUUUGUAUUACACUUGAAACCGAUACACUUGAUACCAAUUUCUCUGAGAAUGUCCAUGAUACAA